AUGCAGAACCUCGCGCCGUCCGCGGCCGCCGACGAUCCAACCGCCCGGAGAGCUCGACCAAAGGAGCCUCGACAGCGAGUCCUCAUCUCAUCUCAAUACGAGAGAAAGAUUGACCAGAUCGAAGCCCGCCUCGGCAACAUCGAAGCUCUCCUCAAAAACAUCUCGUCCUCCACCUCCACAGACGCCUCCAAAUUCAUCCACACCCCCCAGACAGACAUCACCAUUCCGACCGCCGCCUCAAACGCCGACUAUGACAGCUCCGACGAGGAGUCUGUCCUCGGCGGCGACUCGGGCCUGACCGUGCACACCACCUUUGCGAGCGAGUUCCUCGAGCGCGCCGUCAAGAGAGGGCCCCUGCGGCCUCUCAACCCCAAGAUGGAGACGGCGCUCGCCAAUCUCAGCCAGCUUGUCGAGAUGCAAAAGCAUCGCUCGAUAAGCCAUGGGCCUCGAUUCCCUCUGCAAAAGCCGGUGCCGCCAGGGGGCGUGAGCAAGCUGCCGAUGCCUCCGCUGGCCACGGUAGUCUCCCUCUUGAAGCACGUCAAAGCCGCUCCUCCCACCUUCUUCACCAUCCUGUGCACCCUCGUCGGCAUCAAGGAGUUUGCAGAGCUGUGCAGGACCGUCUACUUCCCGACCGAGGACUUCUCGGACGCCACCUUUGCCGUGGUCAAUGCCAUGCUGUACAAUCUCUUUGUCGAGCAACACUCGCUGGACAAGGAGGGUGCGUUGCGAGAAGAGUACAACUCGUACGUGGCCAUCUGCAAGUCGAAUCUCGAGACGACGCUGGCCAACUUUCCGUUGUUUCUGUCGCCAAAGAUUGAGAAUGUGCAGGCUCUGCUGCUCGGGUGUCUCUAUGCUAUUGACGUCUCCAGGCCCUCGGUAGCGUGGCAUCUUAUCACAAUGGCCGCCUGGCUGUGUCAAGCAGGCGGCUAUCACCGCACGGAGUCGCUGAGAAACGACCCUCCAGUGAUUGCUCAGCAAAAGAAGGUCAUCUUCUGGCACGUGUAUACUCUGGACAAGGGCUUGGGCCUCAGGCUUGGACGGGCGUCGACAAUAGCGGAAUGCGACAUUGAUAUCAAACGCGAGUUUGAAGUCAACGGCUUCGACCAUCUCACAUCCACUACAUUCCCGACGUUGUGGGUCAAGAUUAGUAGCCUGCAGAGCCGAAUCUACGAACAACUCCCAGUCGCUCUGGCAAGUCCACAGGCCGACUUGGUCCACCGAGCAAAACUCUUGGCCGCGGAAUGCAGCCGGCUAGAGCCUGAGACGGACGAGACGCGUGAAAAGGUACAUAAGUUGCUCAAGUCGAUAGGAACCUCGGAUGUCGUCGACGUCUUUAUCAAAGGCGACGAGGUCCAAUUCUACGUGACCAAGACGCUCAUCUAUCGCGUCAUACCGGCACCGGAAGGCUCCAUCACCCGAUUCUGCGACGAAUGUUUGGACGCGGCCCGUCAUGCCAUGAAGACGCAUCAGGAGUGUGUUCAAUUCAUGGACAUUAGCACGUACAUGCGGUCCAUGUACAUUCAUUGGAACCUCUUGUUGACACCGUUUGCUCCGUUCUUCGUCUUGUUCUGCUAUGUCAUUGAGACUUCUUCAUUCGCAGACCUCAAGGUUCUCCAGGACUUUGUGGACUCCCUCGAGGGCGGGAGGGGGCUAUCGGAACCCAUUGACAAGCUAUACCGACUCUGCCGGGUCAUGUGCGACAUUGCCACGCUCUAUGUCGAAGCCAAGGCCCAGCAGCAGCAAGACGAAAACUCGAUAGGGGACGAGUUUGAGAUGUACUUGAGCCAGCUGGGCUUCAUCCCCAACGAGGAUCAGCCCAUGGCCAACGCCAACACCAACGACCCGGGGGUGCCGGCUCAGGGCAACGGCCAGGUGGCGCAGCUUGCGGAUUGGUUUUUUGGCAGCCGGAACAUGAUUAGUCUCCUGGAGGAGGACCUGUCGCAGAUAGACUCGCAGAAGUGGAUGCAGUCCGACAUGUAG